GGCGGGGGCGGGGCCGGGCGCGGGGAGGAGCUGACCAGGCCGCGAUUUACCCGCACCUCGCUUUCUCGGAAUUUCACUGAGGUGCUGCAUAGGGCAAUCGGCACUUCUCCGCCACCAGGGUCGUGGUGGGAGAUGACGGUGAUUUGCUCCCUGCACGGCCCACCACGAACACCGAAUCCCUUCUCACGGCCCUGGAGAUGCAGACGUAGCAGAAUGACCAUAAGCUGGAAAGAACCCUCCUGUGCAGUGUGAAUCCUUCAUGUAGCUCUGAGAACAUCUGAAAUUUCCAGAGGAUCUGGAUACAGGUGGACAUUCAGCAGACACAUCUGUGGGUCCCAUGCUCUCCCUACUAAAAAGAACUCAGGUGUGACCACUGGAGAGGACCAAAGAGCAUCACUGCUGCUGUAUUUAGAUCUGUUUGGAGUUGGAAGGUGAAAGAACAUGGACUCUUUUUCUGAUUUAUCUGCAAAGAACCUAACCAUGGUAGUUAAUAUGAACAAGUCUUUAUCAACAGAAGCACAUGGAUUUAAUUCUACAAGUGAUCCACCUUCAAUGUCCAUAACAAGGCUUUUUCCAGCCUUACUAGAAUGCUUUGGUAUAGUUCUCUGUGGCUACAUAGCAGGAAGGGCCAAUGUCAUAACAUCAACUCAGGCCAAAGGACUGGGAAAUUUUGUCUCCAGAUUUGCACUUCCAGCUUUAUUAUUCAAAAACAUGGUUGUACUUAAUUUUUCUAAUGUGGAUUGGUCUUUCCUAUAUAGUAUUUUAAUCGCCAAAGCUUCUGUAUUUUUCAUUGUAUGUGUAUUAACCUUAUUGGUUGCCAGUCCUGAGAACCGAUUUAGCAAAGCGGGACUAUUUCCUAUCUUUGCCACACAAAGUAAUGACUUUGCAUUGGGAUAUCCAAUCGUUGAAGCUUUAUAUCAAAAUACAUACCCUGAAUAUCUCCAGUAUAUUUAUUUGGUAGCACCAGUCUCUCUUAUGAUGUUAAACCCUUUAGGGUUUAUCUUCUGUGAAAUCCAGAAGUGGAAAGACACUCAAAAUGCUUCUCAAAACAAAGUAAAAAUUGUGGGACUUGGACUUCUUCGUGUAUUACAGAACCCAAUAGUGUUUAUGGUCUUCAUUGGCAUUGCCUUCAAUUUUAUUCUUGAUCAAAAGGUACCUGUAUAUAUGGAAAAUUUUCUCGAUGGACUUGCAAAUUCUUUUUCUGGAGCAGCCUUAUUUUAUCUUGGCCUUACAAUGGUAGGAAAAAUAAAGAAACUGAAGAAGUCAGCUUUUGUUGUACUGAUUCUUCUCAUCACAGCUAAACUCUUGGUGUUGCCACUUCUGUGCAGAGAAAUGGUGGAACUGUUGGACAAGGGCGGCAGUGCAGUGAACCACACAAGCUUAUCAAAUUAUGCAUUUUUGUAUGGCGUCUUUCCUGUAGCACCGGGAGUGGCUAUCUUUGCCACACAGUUCAACAUGGAAGUAGAGAUUAUAACGUCAGGGAUGGUAAUAAGCACAUUUGUGUCAGCUCCAAUCAUGUAUGUUUCUGCCUGGCUACUGACCUUCCCCACUAUGGAUCCUAAGCCAUUGGCCUAUGCCAUCCAGAAUGUUAGUUUUGAUAUAAGCAUCAUUAGCUUGGUCUCCUUGAUCUGGUCUUUGGCUAUUCUUCUUCUGAGCAAGAAGUACAAACAGCUUCCUCACAUGCUUACAAUUAAUUUACUCAUCGCUCAGUCUAUUGUAUGUGCUGGAAUGAUGAUAUGGAAUUUUGUUAAAGAAAAAAAUUUUGUUGGACAAAUUCUGGUAUUUGUUCUACUGUAUAGCUCCCUCUAUGGCACCUACCUCUGGACAGGCCUUCUAGCAAUUUCUUUGUUUCUUCUGAAAAAGAGAGAGAGGGUGCAAAUUCCAGUUGGAAUCAUCAUAAUAUCCGGCUGGGGGAUUCCUGCUCUUCUUGUUGGUGUCCUUUUGAUAACUGGAAAGCAUAAUGGAGAGAGCAUCGAUUCGGCCUUCUUUUAUGGAAAAGAGCAGAUGAUCAUCACGGCAGUUACCCUGUUCUGCAGCAUUGUGGUAGCCGGCAUAUCACUCAUGUGCAUGAACCGCACCACCCAGGCAGGAAGCUAUGAAGGUUUUGACCAGUCUCAGAACCACAAAGCCACAGGGUCUGCAAACACUGCCUUUGAGGAGAAUCCAGAGCCUAGCAGUGAACCUGGACAAAGUUUUGCAAGUUCUAUCCCAGAAACAAGUUGCUGCUCCUGCUCUAUGGGAAAUGGCGAAUUGUGCUGCCCAGCCACAGAGCCAGUAGCCAACACAAGCACCAGUGGGCCUGUGCCUCUUUCCUUUGAUAAAAAUGAUCAUUGUGUGAGUCGCUGUAACUCCCAGAGCUGCAUGUUAGCCCAAGAGGAAGAGCGUUAUCUGCAGAGUGGAGACCAGCAACUGACUCGACAUGUGUUGCUGUGUUUACUUCUCAUCAUUGGCCUGUUUGCUAAUCUUUCCAGUUGUUUGUGGUGGCUAUUUAACCAAGAGCCUGGAAGACUUUAUGUUGAGCUACAGUUCUUUUGUGCUGUAUUUAACUUUGGCCAGGGAUUUAUUACCUUUGGAAUCUUCGGACUGGACAAGCAUUUAAUCAUCCUACCUUUUAAAAGAAGGCUUGAAUUCCUUUGGAACAAUAAAGAUACAGCAGAAAACAGGGGCUCUCCUGUUCCUGAGGAAAUAAAAAUGACGUGUCAGCAAUUUAUUCAUUACCACCGUGACCUCUGUAUCCAGAACAUUGUCAAGGAAAGAAGGUGUGGUGCAAAGACUUCUGCUGGGACGUUUUGUGGCUGUGACCUGGUGAACUGGCUAAUUGAAGUUGGCCUUGCCUCUGACCGUGGUGAAGCUGUAAUAUAUGGAGACAGACUGGUACAAGGAGGAGUCAUCCAACAUAUCACCAACGAAUAUGAAUUUCGAGAUGAGUACUUGUUUUACCGAUUCCUUCAAAAGAGUCCUGAACAGAGUCCUCCGACUACUAAUGCAAACACUUCCCCACAGGAAAGAUAUAAAGAAAUUGAACAUUCAUCCCUGUCUCCUAAGACAUAGAUUAUGAAGGAAAACCCCACAGGGAGUCAUAUUCCAGCCCCUGAUUCUGUUACAUUUUAACUGUGAGAACUUAAGCCAAUGACAACCCCUUUGAAAACUUGUUGCCUCUUGUACAAAACUUGGUGUGUUCCUGUUCCAUGAAAAAUAUCACAUCUGUGUAAUAAGAUCCAGGAAUCUGACUCAAGGAAAAAGAAGUGACCAUCCCAAAAGUUAGUUAUAAUAAGUAAUUACUCUAACUUAAUGAUGCCAGUAUUUUAAAGAACUACUUCCUACAGCUGCUUGCCACAAUUUCAAACUUAACAUUCAAUUUACUGUUCCUUUGAUUUGCCAAAUUUGGGAGUUGUACAGGUGACAGGAAAUGAACCUUCAAUUAUGACAACAUUGCACUUACUAAUAGCACCUCCUAAAUUUUUUAAUAAAUGUAAUAAGGUGCCUUAGUAUGAUUUCUCAUUUCCUUGAAAAACAAAACUAAUCAAAUCACUAAUAAUUAAAAAAAAAAAAAUAGAGCUGAUUCAAAAUAAAAGGCUUUUUUUUAAGGUUCAUGUUUUCUUGUUUUUCCAUCCAAAUACUAAUCUAUGGAAGGAAUAAGAACCUCCAUAAAUAUUACUGUCUCCAAAUUCAUCAACAAAAGUGCACUGUAAUCUUUACCUUUGUACUACAAAUAAUAAUUUAAGCAAAUUCCUUUAAAGGUACUGCCAAGCAUGUAUCAUGUCCGGUAGUCACACAAAGGAAAAGGCUAAUUCUACUUUAUCCCCUGCAGUAAAAAAAAAAAAAGAAGAAAAAACAGAUAGGUGGGGCCAGGAUACUAAAAUUCUAACCCUAACAUCCCACUUUUACAUUUAGAAUUUAGUUUCUUUAUGUGUCCAUGUAUAAAAAUCUAUAAAUCUGAAAAUUACUAAAUAUUGUUCUCAGAUAAGCUUUGUCUUUAGUAAAGUAAAAAAAAAAAAAAAAAAAAAAAGGUCUUUGGACCUUUAGCUAAUUAGUAGGUGUCAUUGCUGGUUUAGUUUAUUUAAAACAUGUUUCUCAAAUAUUUAUUUAUCUCGUACUUUCAGUGUUUCACACAUAAAAGCCACUUAGAAGUAAUUUAUAGGGUUAGGCCACUGUCCUGUCAAGCCAACAACUAAGUAAUUCUUCCUGCAUGGAACCUAGUGUAUUUAGCAAGUAACUUAUGCUUUAGUAUGUGAUGUCAACCUAUACCAAUACUAACUUAUGAUUAUGGAGUGCAGAUGUUUUUCAGCAGAAAAGUCUUGCUGAGGAAUUGUUUUUAUAUGACAUUACAACCCUCUGGAUGCUCAGGAGUCAAGCUUCGUGGCCGUACCAGAAGACAGAGUUGUAGCAGUUAGCAUCUUGAGUCAUAUGCAUGCAAGCAACUCAAACUCAAGUGGAGAUUUUGUUUGUCAUCUACAAGUUGUACGAUAUAUCUGAUGCUAUUUGCACGAGGAAUCGACUGCAUCUUCUUCCUUGGAAGGCACUACAGGGAUACUCUGGAUCAAAAUGAUCUGCAGUUUCGGAUAAUGAAGGCUUUUAAGGAAAGUUUCUAGAAUUAAAGAUAUGCUAGUUUUAUUACAGGGAAAUAUUUGUAACUUUUACUCCUCACUGACAAAAGAAAUUUCUCAAUAAAGUACUUAUUUUAACUUG